AAAAAUAAAAAAAUUAAACACGACCUAAAUAUGAAAACGUGUAAUGACUUAGUAGAGUAUCGUGGGAUAAAUAUAAAAGCAAAUCUUUACUCACAAAGCGGCACAUUUAGAAAUAUGGCACACCUAGUCCCACAAUAUGCACCGAAUGAUUCUAUUUUAUAAUUUUAAUUCUGCAGUAAUUGUAUUUUUGAAUUUUGGUGCUCCAAAUUCUUAAACUCCCUAGACCCGUGCCUAGUGGGCCUAAUGGAAAAUCACCAACUGCUCGUACGCUCUCUUCUUAUAUAAGUUGUGGCUUAUAACCGUGAGAACGCUGUCCAAGAGAUCGUUCCCACAGUUUGUAAACUGUUAAGUUUGAAGGUCUACUAGUCAAAUAAAUGUAGCGAACAACAUUGUCUAAACGAGUCGAAAUUUGAACAUAAAAAUGGCACAUUUUCGUGCCAUUACAGAGAAAAUGAUUCUGUAAUUUUAAAAAUCCCAUUCCAGUUUCUUAGAACUUAAUCGAAUCUUCAGAUUUUCAACGCGCUUUAAAUUAUCAUCAUCUUUAAUUGAUUACGAUUAAAUGGUAGUUAGUUAACUCGUAUUAUAACUUACAUAGAAUUAUAACAUAUGUAAUCUCUCAAACGAUCCUAUGCGUCAACCGCGUUUCCUGGGAUGCCCGGGAGAGAAAGGAAGUAAGAAGCAAAAAUAAGUCAUGACUCCGUCAUCAACUUUAGAUAAAUAUAGAACCGAUUAAUGAGGGACAUCCUGACAGACGUUUGAACAAAUUUAAUGUUUUCUAGACGUUUUCUUUCGCUGUAGUUUUAUAAUUUUCACAUAAAAAUUAGCCAGAAAUUUAAUUUAUUAUUAAUAAGUUUGCAAUUAUUACAAGUUUUGUCAGAAUUACACAAAGUUUAUCGCGUAAUUUUUAACGAGGCGAGACGAAUUUUUAAUUUAUCGGUUUCUGUAAAGUACUCUUUGUUCAUCAUCAUUCUAACUUUCUAAAUUAGUUUCCUCCUUCGGCAUAUUUUUGUAACAUCUACUGAGUGACCCAAAUUGUUCUGUCAGCUGGAGGAAAGAAGGCUAGGUUACUCGAUUGGGGGAGAAUAUAGGGACAAAGUUCCUUUUCUCUUUUCAUUAUAUCUAAGUGGGCGUUGGAAAGGAAAAAGUUAACUUUACUUUGAUUGAUGAAGCAAAAAUUGGUAAAAUUAUUUAAUUGCAAUGUAGUUCCCCUUUGAUAUGGAUUAUCGUUCGAUAUCUUCAGAUGAUAUACAGAAUUUUAACUUAGAAAUCAUCGACGUGACUCCAUUUUAAAAUAUUUUAAAUUCCUUACAGAUUGGGCAAAAUGACUGCUACAAAUCCAGAAAAAGAUGAGUUGGAUCUUGAAGCAGUUGGACGAUUUCCUAUGACAUCAAGGAUAUUUGCCAUAAAUGGUGUCUUCCCUACUUUAAGAGCUUGCCUGCUGAAAAGGGGAUGGAUCGAAAAGAAACAUCGAUUUCAUUUCUGUACCAAAACGGAACCUUAUAUGUGGCCAUUUAGAUAUGAUCUUGUCAGGAAGAGUGAAUCAAAAGGAAUCAAUAAAAAUCAGAACGCCAAUAAAAUAUCAUCUGAAGAAUGUCCUGAAACAAAACUCCAAAUAGAUAUUAUAAAAAUGUCGUCGCACCUUUUGAAGUAUUAUCCUCCAACUUUCAUAUGGGCAUCACGAAAAGACGCAAUUUUAUAUAAUUAUUUGCAUAAGAACCAAAUAGUUAAUCAUUUCAGUCACAGUGGAUUUACUACCAAGGCUGCUUUAUCUUCAGUCAUUCGUAAUGUCAAGUGGACGUGUGAUAUGGACCCAGACAAAUUCUUUCCUCGUUGUUUUUGCUUAGCAAACCAAGUCGAAAGAGAUGCUUUUAUUGAAAAUUUCAGACUAACUGCUUGUUUUAAUGUUGUAAAAUGGUUAAUAAAAAAAGCUACAGUGUGGCAUUCCACAACAAAUGAUAAAGAAUGCAUUAUGAUACCAGAAAGAGUAAUAAAAUUUGUAUUAGUUCAAUGUUUAGUUUUUCUGUCGACAAAAAAUCACGACGAUAUCGAAGAAAUGAGUGAAGAAAUAACAUGUUCUGAAACUGACUGGGAUUGGUUUUUAGAAUGGACAUAUCAUUUGAAAGAUGAAAAUUACAAAUUUUCUGAAUGGAAAAAGUAUUUACCAGAAUUUCACAAAAUAGCAGAAGCCAUUCAGAAAGUUUGGCCACAGUGGAAAAUUGACGGUUAUCGUAAUGUAUGGAUAAUAAAACCAGCAGCCAAAUCACAAGGACAAGGUAUCAAAAUCUCUGAAAAUCUAAAUGAAAUUAUGGGAUUAGUAGGAUCAUACCAUGAUAAUCAUUACGUCGUGCAAAAAUAUAUUGAGCAUCCCCUUCUGAUAGGAGGAGUGAAAUUUGAUAUUCGUCAAUGGUUUCUUGUGACUGAUUAUAAUCCAUUAACAAUGUGGAUGUACUGCGACAGUUAUUUAAGAUUUUGUUCCAUGCCAUUUACAUUAGAUUGUAAAGAUGUAUCGAUUCAUUUGUGUAACAACUCCAUUCAAUGUAAUUAUUUGCGUUCUGUUAAUCGUCUUUCUACGCUGCCCGAAGGUAAUAUGAUGACAAAUGAGGAAUUCAAAAAACUUCUUGCAUCUCAAGGACAUCCUGAUGCUUGGAAUAAUACUAUUUAUCCUGGAAUGAGAUCUGCAAUAAUUUCAAUCUUGCAUGGAUCACAAGAACAAAUGGUUGGAAGAAACAAUCGUUUUGAGCUUUACGGUGCAGAUUUUAUGAUAGACGAACAACUUCAUCCAUGGUUAAUUGAAAUUAAUGCGAGUCCUUGUCUUGCUCCUUCGACACCAGUAACUAGACUACUCUGUGCUAAUGUGAUUGAUGACACAUUAAAAAUUGUCCUUGACAGACGUGUCAAUAAUAAAUGCAGUAUUGGCCAUUUUGAACUGGGUUAUCAAGGUGAUGUUGUACCAUGGACUGAAUUCAGUGAUAGAACAUUAGUUCUAACUGGAAAGAAAAUAGAAAAACCCAUCAGAAACUCAACCGAACUUUCAGUAUCAAGUAAUCUGAUGACAAAUAAAAGCACUGUAAAAGAAGGAAAAUCAAAAUUCGAAGAAGAAGUAUAUUGUGCAAAAUUAAUACUGUGGUGUGCAUCAAACCUUUAUAGGAACAUACAAAAUUAUAAAUUCAAAAAUUCCUAUGUGGAUAAAAUUGUGAACGACAUCAAAAACUGUGAAAAGUACAACUAUUAUUCAGUUUGUAAUGGUUCUAUACCUGCAAAAACACAUUACAUUGUCCCUCAACAUUUUGGCAAUUCAAAAAAUAAAAAUAAAUCUUUUACAAUUUUUGAGAAGGCUAAUAUAAGAAUAGUGAUGACAGAAAAUGUAUGAAACAGAACAAUAUUGACAAAUUAUUCAAGUCAGAAACUAAUUCAAAAGAAGGAAAUUUAAAGGAGAUAAUCAAUCAACAGAAAUUAAAGACUGAGGAAAGCAAAGUGCUUAUGAAAAAUUCAGAAUGUCUGAAUUUACGUCAAGCAACAUCAAAGACUAAAUCAACAGAGAAAGUACAGAAAAUGCUUCCAAAAAUUAAUACAUUAUCACAGUUUCAAAUUACAAAAAGUAUACAAAGUAAAGAAAUGAAUAUAAUGAAAAGAAAGAAAACUCUUUCUAACAUAUUAAAUGAAUUUAAAUAUUCAAAAAGUUACAGAUCUUUGAUUGAUGGCUGCAGAAAACCAACUCCACAAGACAUAAAUAAAACAACUUCUGUAGAAAGAAAACUUAGUUUAUUAUUAAAACGUAUUAAAGAAAAAAAUAAAUUUCUAAACGAUAAUUCAGAUACUAAAAUUAAAGAUAUUGAAAGACCAUUAAAUCUGCAGAAAUUCUCUUUAAAACAAUCCAAACCAAUUCCUCCAAUUUCCAAAAUCAAUCAAAAACAGCAAACUUAGAAGAUAAGCAAGAAC